AUUUAUUUCCUGAAACCUUUAUCAAUCCUGCCCAUCCGAAUGAUUCCUUUGACGAACCGCCUAUUAUCUAGUAGCACGUAGAUAAAAGGCCAAGAUACAUUCAAUGAAUUUCUACUGGAAUAUAAUAGUCGGAAACAAGGAUCAUUAAAUACCUUAGAGAUUGCGUCUCUUCCAGAGUCUCGUUUGAGCAAAGUCUGCGGAAAUUUCCAAGUAAAGAGAAGCAUAUACUGAGUAACCAUCAAGGAUAAAUAUAUUCUACAAACACAUGUAAACGUCAAACGAGUAUUACAAAGAAAAAUAAGAAUAUUCUAAGUCCCAGGGGACUAAAGGUCUGACCGUAUUGUCUUUUUUCUAUUUAAAUGUCUCUACUCUCUCUCUCUCUCUCUUCCCCCCCUCUUUCACUCUCUCUUUCUAUUCCUCUUGACACGAAGCAAAAAAUAUCCCACACGCAUGCGUGCCAGGCUUAUUUAUAGCACGUGACACGAAAUAUUCGCUGGUCUUGUUCGAAUUAAAAGUUUCCUUGUCGACGCGGCGAGUACGGUGUGCUAUUCAGAUACUGUGCGACUCCAUCUUGCACAUGGUUAGGCGCCUGUAGAUACGUAUCAGUGAAAAAGGCAGUUCCGUCAGAACCGCGUGCGAUUGGCCGAUUUCAAAUAAUCGUGAACGAUCAUUGGUCAAUCAAGGAGAAACCUUGCUUCAUUUUUUUUAAUGUCUUCCAUCUCUUUCUCACUUAUCUUCCGUGUGUCGCGUCUCGAUCGUUGUACCGGUCGUCUUCGUGAACCUUCGUAGAGAAACAGUGUUCGAAGCUGUAAUUGUGCGCGGGUCUUGUAAUCUCGAUUGCGGCCAGUGUUCCAGCUGCACCGAAGCAUUCAAACCUCACGAAUCCCACAACGGCGGGAACGUGUGUUAUGAGGACAAUUUCUGUGCGGAGUAAAUUGACGCACGUGUGUAUGUAAACCGGAAUACCAACAUGGAACCAGGAGUUUGCGCCACGAGACGGAGCGGACUUUUAUUGUGGCUUUAAACUAUUUUCAAUAUUGUGCUUGUUUUUUUAUUAUUUUUAUUUUUUACUGGUCACAUUACGUCACAUUUUUCACGUAUUUUUCACUCGGUAAGAUGAGUCAAUUUACUGAGAGAUUCUAUUUCCAUUGGGCUGAUUGGCUGGUUUUUGCUGCCAUGUUGACGAUUUCCGCAUCGGCAGGUUUGUGGCAUUUUCAAAAAGUACGACGAUCUAGUACGGAAGAAUAUCUACUUGGAGGACGUAAUAUGGGGUUGUUUCCCAUUUCCUUUUCAUUAAUUGCCAGUUUCAUUUCCGGCGUUACUAUACUCGGUACACCAGCAGAGAUUUUUAAUUUUGGUACACAAUACUGGAUUACAAUUCUCUCCAUCUUGAUUUCUGGUACAGUCGUCUCUGAGGUUUACCUUCCGGUUUUCGCGAGGUUGCAGUUGAAUUCUGUUUACGAGUACCUGGAGAUACGUUUUAAUCGUGCAGUAAGAAUCCUAAUAUCCUUCAUCUUCAUCGUGGACGUGGUGCUUUAUCAAUCGAUCGUGGUAUACGUCCCUGCGCUAGCACUGAAUCAAGUGAGCGGUAUCGACGUGCACAUAAUUGGGGCAGUAGUCUGCGGGAUCUGCGUCUUCUACACGGUUCUAGGUGGUUUAAAGGCUGUUGUGUGGACCGAUACACUACAGGUUGGUGUAAUGAUAACAGCCGUUAUAGUCGUUACCGGCUUGGGCACUUAUCAUGUUGGCGGGUUUCAAAAAGUAUGGCAAAAGGCGGAGCAGGCUGACAGAAUUCAAUUUCUCAAUUUCGACGCAUCACCUUAUACCAGACACACCGUUUGGACUGUUCUUCUUGGAUCGUGGUUAUAUAGUACAGCUUAUAUUUCGGUUAAUCAAACGAUGGUCCAGCGCUACAGGUCACUUCCUGAUAUGAAAACGUCUAAACUAGCUGUAGGAAUAUUUACAAUUGGCGUUAUGACAUUUAUAUCAAUUUGCUGCUGGUGCGGAUUGGUUCUUGUUGCUUGGUAUUCGCCGCCACAUUGUGAUCCAAGAGCUUCCGGUCUUAUCUCUAUGGAUGAUCAACUGUUACCGGCCUUUGUUAUGGAAAUAGCUGGACAUCUUCACGGGGUACCGGGACUCUUUAUCGCUGGAAUAUUUGGAGCUGCUCUUAGUACCUUAUCCGUCGGUCUGAACUCUACGUCCGUUGUUCUUCUGGAGGACUUUGUCAAGGGUUGCUGCAGAUUGAAUCCUAGCGACCGUUGUGCGACUAUCUUCGUGAAAAGCAUAGUCGUCUUCCUCGGUCUGCUGGCUCUGUCUUUUACAUUCCUUGUUAAUAAGCUAGGAGGAGUUCUGGCUGUUACAGGAAGUUUGGCAGCCAUUGCUGCUGGCACAUCUUUUGGCGUGUUUACGUUAGGAAUGUUAUUUCCCUGGACCAAUUCUAAGGGUGCAUUUGUGGGUGCCAUUGCAGGAUUCAUGAUUGCUGGAUGGGCGAGUCUUGGGGCGAAUGCGUCUCUGGGUUCCGGUCAGUUGGUUCCUAAAAAAAUACCAAUGGACGUGGCCUACUGUCCUGCAAAUAUAUCCGAUAAAUACUUUGAAAUGUUUGAGUUUCCAGACGAGGAGAACGUGUUUCCCUUGUAUCGGUUGUCGUAUCACUGGUUCUCUGGUCUGGGAGCAGCUGUGGUUAUCAUUGUUGGUGGUAUGGUUACGUGGAUAACUGGACCAAAGAAUCCUGCAUACAUCAACAGAGAUCUGCUCUCGCCAGCGAUCCAUCGAUGGUUACCAGAGCCUAGGUAUCUUGAUGGAACUGGUAGAUGGAGACCGCGAUCAUCAUCUGAUGUACAAAUAGGAGAAACUAUUCUAUUAGAGGAUACGAGCAGCCGCCAUAGACCUAGCAUAGUCGUUAAAACGAGUGAAACUCAACGUUUAACGAAUGGGCCAGAUACUUAACGAUCCUUGAUUUUUAGUUAUGAAUCGUCACUACUAUAGUCAUUCUUCGAAAUGACUUAUUCUUUGAUUACGUCAGGUAGCGUAUCAUGAUUCGCUAGGUAUAUAUAUAUAUAUAUUUUUUGAAAAUACUUAGUAAGAAUGUAGCUCGCAAAUUGCGAACCUAGAUUCACUCUCGCGUUAAGCAUAUUUGCGCUGACAAGAAACAAGUCAACGAGAUGGAACAAAAUAAUUAACAAUAUACUGCCAUAAAUUCAAGUAAAUGCAAGCAGUUACUGAUUAAAGAGUCUCAUUGAGGCAAUUCUUUCUGAUUAAAAACAAGACCGUCUAGUAUUCGUACUAUAGUAUAUGUGUAUAAUGUAACGCGUAGGUUAAGUAGGAACAAAUAAAUUGUCGCUGGUUUUCUUUUAUCCGACAUCAAA